AUGAAAGAUAUUGGAUUGUCGGUAAUUCUGUUAUUGGCAAGCUCGGUUGCAGCUUUAAAGCCUUCAAUUGAAGUUAGAGGUGUUUCAAUAGAAGAUCUCCAAAAGUACCAGCCUGAUGAAAAUGGGAAAUGGGCGUGCUUAGGCAAUCCAGAAGUUGUUCUUUCAUUUUCUCAGAUUAAUGACGACAUUUGUGAUUGUCCUGAUGGUUCGGAUGAGCCUGGUACUGCAGCUUGUCCAGGUACCUUUUUCUACUGCAGAAAUGAAGGGCACAUUCCUGGGAAACUUCCUUCAUCUCGUGUCAAUGAUGGAAUUUGUGACUACGACAUCUGCUGUGAUGGCUCUGACGAGGCCGGAUUGUCAGACUCAGGCUUGACUCCUAAGUGUGAAAACAGAUGUGCCAAAAUGCAUAAGGAAUACAUUGCAAAGAAGGAAGCAAAACAAGCUCUUCUUAAAGCCGCUUCAGAAAACAGGCAAAAGCUGAUAAAAAAGGCUCAAGUUCUUCGUGAAAAUUUGAAAAAGGAAAUUGCUACAAAGGAAAAGAAAGUCGAAGAUCUUAAACUUCAGCUUUCACAGAAAGAGGCAGAGCUUGAGAUUGUGGAGGCCCAAGAAGCAGAACGCAUUGCUGCAAAUACCGUUCCUAAACCUAAAGUGAUUGAUGAUGCUCAAGAAUCCCUGGAGUUUUUGUUAGAUGAAUACAAAAAGUUUGAAGCUGAAAUUGCUUCUCUUUCUGGGCAACUCUCUCAACUUUCUUCGGUCUUAGAGCAAAUGAAGGGUGAUUAUAACCCUAAUUUUAACGACCCUGCUGUUAAACAUGCAAUUCGGUCGUUUGAAGAGUUUAAGGGUAAUAACCCUGAAACUUCUCAAGCCCACAUUGUCAAUGCGGAAAAACUGGGUGCCGUUUCAAAUAUCAUUGAGUCUUUAAAAUCAUACACUCCCCCUGCUCCUCAGCAAUCAAACCAGCACUCUUUUAAACCAAGUUUUGAUUUACCGCUUUUCCGAUUUUCUGAUUUAGUUAAGAAGGUUCGAAAUUUGCUUGUGGAAUUCAGUAUAAUCCCUGAUAAUGGUGAAUCUUCUUCUAUGGUUCAGCCCGAGAGCGUCCCUACUGAUACGAAUGUCAGCACUGAGCUCACAAAACAACGUAAUAUAGUUUCUAACACCAAGACAUCUUUAUCUGAGACGGAAAGACAAUUGCAAGAGGCACGCAAAAGCUUAGAGACUGAACAUGGUCCAGAUGAUAUCCUGCGUGCUCUUAAAGACACGUGUGUUUCUUCCAAUCUUGGGGAGUACAUUUACGAGAUUUGCUUCUACGGGAAAGCCUCCCAAAAGUCUACUAAGGACAAUUCAAGUGUCAAUCUUGGAAACUUUGAAAAUGUUUCUAUCGAUGAUAAAUCUGAAGAUGGAGCACUGAUUCUCUACUUUGAGAAAGGUGCCAAAUGCUGGAGUGGUCCUAUUCGCAGGGCUACUGUCUCACUGACUUGCGGUAAAGAAACUGCUCUUCUCCAAGUCACAGAGCCCGAACGUUGCGAGUACUUCAUCUUUGGUACUUCGCCAGCCGCUUGUGCUCAGUAUAACCCACAAGCUGUUGACUCUGCAUCAAAAGACGAGUUGUAA